GCCCAGAAGGCCUCGCAGGGACAAGGCCCGCGCGUCGCGAGCCGAGUCCCGGCGCGCGUUACAGCCGCAGCAUGAGCGCCCCCGCCGCGCCCCCCAUCUUCGCCCCCGGCGAGAACUGCAGCCCCGCGUGGCAGGCGGCGCCCGCGGCCUACGACGCGGCGGACAUGCACCUGCAGAUCCUCGGCAAGCCGGUGAUGGAGCGCUGGGAGACCCCCUACAUGCACGCGUUGGCGGCCGCCGCCUCCUCCAAAGGGGGCCGGGUGCUGGAGGUGGGCUUUGGCAUGGCGAUCGCGGCCUCCAAGGUGCAGGAGGCCCCCAUCGAUGAGCACUGGAUCAUUGAGUGCAAUGACAGCGUCUUCCAGAGGCUCCAGGACUGGGCCCAGCGGCAGCCACACAAGGUGGUUCCCUUGAAAGGCCUGUGGGAGGACGUAACACCUACCCUGCCAGAUGGCCACUUUGAUGGGGUCCUGUAUGACACGUACCCGCUGUCCGAGGAGACCUGGCACACACACCAGUUCAACUUCAUCAGGGGCCAUGCCUUUCGCCUGCUGAAGCCUGGAGGCAUCCUCACCUACUGCAACCUCACGUCCUGGGGGGAGCUGAUGAAGUCCAAGUACUCAGACAUCACCACCAUGUUCGAGGAGACACAGGUGCCAGCCCUGCUGGAGGCGGGCUUCAGGCGGGAGAACAUCCGCAUGGAGUUGAUGGAGCUGGUCCCCCCUGCUGAGUGCCGCUACUACGCCUUCCCGCGGAUGAUCACGCCCCUGGUCACCAAGCACUGAGCCCACCCAGGCCUCUGGCUCAACUACUGCUGUCCCUGUGCCCCCACUCAGUGCCUCUGCAGCCGGGAGUGCAGGCUCUGGGCUCUCAGCCCUGGGUUCGAGUCCGGCCACACCCACGGGGGGACAGAGGGUAAACUUCCCCAACUGUCCCUGCAAUGGGAAUACCAUGACCUCCCUGUCCGCAUCCUUGAAGACAAAAUAAAUGCUGACCCUGGGCUUGCCCAAUCAGCAGGACCGUGUGCUUUCACUGACUUCUUCUGCCCCUCCAAAAAGUAA